CGCCGCCCCGCCCGGUGCCGGUGCCGGUGCCGCCAUGGCGGAGGAGCGGCCCGAGGUGCUGCAGGUGCUGGUGAAGACGCUGGACUCGCAGACGCGGAGCUUCGAGGUGGAACCGGAGAUCUCGGUGCGGGAGUUCAAGCAGCGAAUCGCCGGCGCCGUCAGCAUCGCGGCCGAGAAACAGCGGCUGAUCUACCAGGGCCGGGUGCUGCAGGACGAACGGAAACUGCGGGAAUACAGUACGGGAACCGGGAAUGGGAACCGGGAAACCGGGAAUGGGAACGGGAAUGGGAACGGGAACCGGGAACCGGGAACCGGGAAUGGGAACGGGAUCUACCAGGGCCGGGUGCUGCAGGACGAACGGAAACUGCGGGAAUACAGGGGGGUGGGGGUGCAGCUGCCGCCGCUGCCCCCCGAGUUCCUGCAGGCCGUGGGGGGGGUGGGGGUGCAGCUGCCGCCGCUGCCCCCCGAGUUCCUGCAGGCCGUGGGGGGGGUGGGGGUGCAGCUGCCGCCGCUGCCCCCCGAGUUCCUGCAGGCCGUGGCCCAGCAGAUCACCCAGCAGGCCAUGGCGGCCGCCGCCUCCGCCGCCACCG